UCUCUCACCAACUGGUCACGUGAAGAAAUGGCUCCGUCGAAUACAAAACAAAAGCCUAAAAAAAAGUAUGUGUUUGAUAUGUCAGGGCCUACACAUCUCACCUCUGUAAAUUGGGCAUGUCCAAAUCAUCGGAGAACUGUCGCUGCCUGCUUGGUUACGGGUGCAUACGUGCUAGAGCAUGACCGACAGACCCAUCAAGAGUGUGCACCAGCCUGGUGGAAGACAUUCGAUUUUGAACUAAAACACAAGCUCAUUGAUGCUGCUGACUCAUCCAUCUUUGGCGCCAUCUAUGAAUCCAAAUCCCCUAAAUUUAUUCAGAACGCAUCAUCUCCUCCAAAAAUCGUUAUUGCCUUCCGAGGUACGGUCUUCAAGAAGAAGACUUUCUGGCAGGAUAUUAAACUGGAUUUGGAUCUCUUCAUAAAUGACCUUUCAGGGACACCCCGGUGUAAAAUUGCUAUGAGAGCCGUCGAAGAAAUGACUUCGGCUGUUGCGAGUCAGAACUUAUGGUUAGCCGGUCAUUCUCUCGGGUCAGCCAUUGCAAUGCUUGCUGGCAAAAACAUGGCCAAGAGAGGCAUCAAUCUUCAAACUUUUCUCUUCAACCCACCACACCCAUCAAGCAUAGUUGAAUGGAUCCAAAACCAGACGGUGAAACAAGCUAUCCAUAUCGUCAGCAGCAUUAUGGCACUCGGAGGCCCUUUGUUUCAGAAAGGCUGUCUCGCGAGUUCUCGCAGGCACUUUGCACAGAUAUCAUCCUGGAUUCCGCAUCUUUUUGUGAAUUCAGAUGAUAUUAUCUGCUCAGGAUAUAUUAGAUAUUUUGAAAAUCGGGAAUAUCUGAAGAAGAAUGUUGCAGCAUGCAUUGGGAGGUGGGCGACAAGGCAUUCUUUUAUAGCUCUAGCAUUUGGAAGGCACUCCGAGCCCUUUCACCUCCUUCCGUCUGCAAAUUUAUUGGUAAGCUCUACUGACCGAAAUGUAACAGCAUGUCAUCUCAAACGCAUACUACUGGCACAUGGUAUCGGUCAAUGGUGGAGCCAAGAUCUGAGUUUGCAAUCCAGUAAGCAUCAUUACAGUUCAUGCUACUCAGAUGAAGUGGACUAAAUUUUUAAUCCGUCAACAGAAGAAAUCAGUAGACUUGCGUUAUAUACCUUGCUAGGUGAUGCAGGGGGCAUAAUGAACCAGCCAUGGAAGUCCAGGGAGAAUUAAUUAAGAGAGUCUUUGGAGUCAUUUAACGUGUUUGUUUGACUUUCUUAGUGAGUUGUGUGUUGGAGAUGUAUUUUCGCUACCUAGUGGUUGGUAGUUUGUUUGGGAAUGUGUCCGAGUCUUGUAUGAGAAGCUUUAAUGCAAAAACUAUAUGAAUAUCAAUGAAGACAAUGAA